AUGAAGGAGGUAAAGAGCGAGCGGGAGCGGGGGAGCCGGCGGAGGCACCGCGACGGGGACGUGGUGGCGGCGGCGGUGGUGGUGAAGGUGAAGCAGGAGCGCCUCAGCCCGGAAGCCGCGCCUCCCGCCCACCGCCGCCCAGAUUCCUCCGGGGGUAGCGCGUCCCCGCCAGCCGGCGACCCGGGCCGCCCUGGUCAUCGCGGGAACCGAGCCCGAGGAGGUAGCCGGUCCCCAGCCAAAAAGAAAAACAAGUCCUCAGGGAGAAGAAGCAAGUCUCCUCGGAGUAAGAGAAGCCGAAGCCCUCACCACUCAACAGUCAAAGUGAAGCAGGAACGUGAGGAUCAUACCCGGAGAGGACGGGAGGAACGGCAGCACCGGGAAUCAUCAGGCCAGGAACACAGGCGAGCUAGAAACAGUGACCGUGACAGACACCGGGGCCAUUCUCACCAGAGGAGAAGCUCUAAUGAGAGGCCCGGGAGUGGGCAGACUCAGGGACGGGACCGAGAUGUUCAGAAUCUACAGGCUCAGGACGCAGAGCGGGAGUUUUACAACGCCCGAAGACGGGAGAAUCGCCAGAAGAACGAAGUUAGCGCUGGUGGUAAUGAGUCUCAGGGGUCGGUUCCCCGACCUGGGGGCAACAAUAAAGACAAAGAGGCACCCGCUAAAGAAAAGCCAAGCUUUGAACUCUCCGGGGCACUUCUCGAGGACACCAACACCUUCCGGGGUGUCGUCAUUAAGUAUAGUGAGCCCCCAGAAGCACGUAUCCCCAAGAAACGAUGGCGCCUCUACCCCUUUAAAAAUGACGAGGUGCUUCCUGUCAUGUACAUCCAUCGGCAGAGCGCCUACCUCUUAGGUCGGCACCGCCGCAUAGCGGACAUCCCAAUCGAUCAUCCCUCCUGCUCAAAGCAGCACGCCGUCUUUCAGUAUCGGCUUGUGGAAUAUACCCGUGCUGAUGGGACAGUUGGCCGAAGGGUGAAGCCCUACAUCAUUGACCUUGGCUCAGGCAAUGGAACGUUCUUGAACAACAAGCGCAUUGAGCCACAGAGAUACUAUGAACUAAAGGAAAAGGAUGUACUUAAAUUUGGGUUCAGCAGCAGAGAGUAUGUCCUGCUUCACGAGUCCUCUGACACCUCUGAAGUAGACAGGAAAGAAGAUGAGGAUGACGAGGAGGAGGAGGAAGUAUCUGACAGCUAGCAAACUCCGAAGCAGCCCAAACUCUCGAGAGACCUUUUCUUUCUUUAAAGGUUUUGGGAUUGAGUCAGAGAGCACCACGGUGCUCUCUGUUAAUGCCUCUUAUUGCCUUAAGUCUUCGCUCUGUUGCUGACCACCUUAUGUUAUAGCAUAAGAAAACUGACUUCUGUUUGGUUGAACUUUUUUCUGUGGCACAUCAGCCCCUUGCCUGUGGGCAUUUGUUUUCAGAACAGUCUCACCAACACAUCGUGUUGCAGUAGAAGCAUCGUGGCUGUCCUUGGUGCUUUCAGAACUGCUUCCUAGGAAACUACAGACCCUUGGCUCAAGGGGAAUUGUGGCUUGUUCUCGUUGUACAGUUACUUUAUUUAUAUAGGUGUUAAGCUUUGUGGACUGGGUUUGUUUUUGUUUUUUUGUUUUUGGGGCAAACCCUGAUACAGAGAAUCUUACUAAGCUUUGGUUGUCACCAAAACAGCCUCCAUUAUAUACCAAAGCUUUGACCUGGUUGAGCUCUUGAGUCACAGAAGUUGAUUUUGCACUUCAUUUUUGGGGGGUGGGAACUUACCACAUGACCUCAUUAUUAACUGUUGGACUUAAACAGAUGCUUUAUGGGACGUGCUGAAGCUGCGACUGGGCAGGAAGAUCCUGGCUCCUGCCGGUGGGUGCUGAUCUAACGUCAUGAGAGGCUGAAAUGGGUCAUGGAUUGAUUUCCUGUGAGAGAAUUCCGAUUUCUCCAUAAAGCAUGUACAUAACCAUUUUGAUCAUCGUAUCUGUUCACUUUUGCAUUUUUAUUCAAAUGUUCUCUCUUUCCUUCUUUGCAAAACAGUGUCGUUCAUGUAGCACGGUCCUUGCUUUAUUCUAACAACGUAUGUAUAUGUGUAAAGGAGGUUGUAUAGUUGACACGUUUCAUCUUUUUAGAAAAUGUUCAGAGAGGUUGUAUUUACUUUCCCAAGGCCGGGAAGCAAGGGAGUUGCCCUGUUUCCUAAUUUUCCAUAGAGGAAUAUAUGUAAGUAACAGAGUCGUAGCUACUUACAUACACUGUGUGUGUGUGGUGUGUGUGUGUGUGCGGGUGUGUGUGUGUGUGUAUACAUAAAAGUGUGAGUGAAAGAGCUGCAUACUGAUUUUCAUAUGAGAAUGUUUUGUGAUGUAAAUGUGAUACUACAUUAUAGGCGAAGGCCUCCCUGCAUUUGAAUAGCAGGUUUUCAUUUAUAUGUAUUUUUGGGAUAAAAAAAUAAUAAAAUUUGUA